AUGGCCAAUAAAUUGAUUAGUGAUGAGAAUGGGCUCCUUAUCCUACCAUCCUAUACGGAGUAUUUCAACCUCACAACAGCGACAACAGGACUAAACACCGCUGCAAUGUGGAUGGGCCAAAUUGUUGGAUCUCUCCUCAUGCAGCCUGCAGCAGAUUUGCUUGGCCGGAAGAGAGCGGUUAUAGCUGCGGCGAUUCUCACUAUAGUUGGCGUUGUUCUCCAGGCUGCCUCUCAAAACAUUGGGAUGUUUGUUGGUGCUAGGAUAAUCGUUGGUAUUGGGCAAGCAAUCAGCAACGCCGCUGCCCCUACUUUACUUGCCGAACUCCUCCCCGCCCGUCUACGCGGGAGAGUUCUGGGCAUAUUUUUCUCCUGUUUCUAUCUUGGGUCACUUCUGUCUUCUAUCAUCAACUAUGGAAGCCAGGAUAUUCAGUCCACAUGGGCUUGGCGUCUGCCUUCUUUACUACAAUUUAUUCCGUCUUUGAUAGCUUUAUGUCUUCUUCCUUUCAUUCCGGAGUCUCCAAGAUGGCUAAUCUCCAAAGGCCAUGACGCACAUGCUCAGGAGGUAUUGUGUAUUAUGCAGGGCGCCGGCAUUGUGGACAUGCACAAAGCUGCAGUGGAGCUCCGUACAAUAAAGGCUAUUAUGGCUAAAGAGGAAGAGGCAUACCCAAGGAACGCUUGGCGAGAACUUGCUUCCACCCCUGCCAACCGGAAGAGGUUGUUCGUGCUCGUUGCGUUUGGAUCCAUGAUCAAUACCUUUGGUAAUUUUGUUAUAUCUUUCUAUUUGAGCAAGAUUCUUGAUCAGGCAGGUGUAACAGACUCCAACUCUCAGCUUCAGAUCAACGUUGGUAUCAGUUGCUGGUGCUUCAUUGUGGCGCUCACUGGAAGUUUUUUGCUCGAUGUCCUUGGAAGAAGGAAACAAACCCUUGCUUGCAUUGCUGGUAUGGUAGUUACGCUGUUUAUGAUCGGCAGUCUCAUAAAAGGUAUUCACAACUCUACCACAACUCUACCUCGACAGGAGAACCUAUCUGAUAAAAUCAAAACAGUGUUCGGCGAAAGUGAGAACGAGUCUGGUAUAUACGCCACCAUUGCCGUCAUAUUCCUUUUCCAGGGCUUCUAUUCCUUCUCAAUCACACCAAUGACUAGUGUCUACCCUACUGAAAUAUCUCAAUACAAACUCCGAUCUGCAGGAAUUGCCAUUUUUCGAUUUUUCGACUGCGGUUUCGGACUUCUUUGUUCUUUCGCAAUGAGUUAUGCUAUGGCAGAUAUUGGUUGGAAGUUCUACCUCGUAAAUGCUUCUUGGGAUAUCAUAUUUGGCCUCACUGUAUUCCUCUUUUUCCCGGAAACAAAGGGCUUGGAACUCGAGGAGAUUGCUGCUUUCUUCGACGGUCCAGAGAUUGUUGAAGCUGCAAGAGAACGGGACAGCUCACCACAUGGUUCUAUUGAUUCAGACAAGCGUGCACCAACCGUCAAGUCUCAACUGGAAUCUAACGCGUAG